UUGCUUAAACUAAAUCUAAAAAUAUUUAAUUAAAAAGUGUUUUUUAAAUUAAAAAAAAAAAGUGUUUUUUAAAUGGCGUUUAUUAUUAACUUGGUAUUUAUACUUUUUACUAGUUAUUUUUCACUUUCGUUAAAUGAAAUAUUAUCAGAUCUUAAAAAAUGUAAAGUCAACGAUAUUAAAGGAUUAUUGCCUGAAUUAAGAAUAAAUCCAUGCUAUAAAUGUUAUUGCAACGAAGAGAAUGAAAAUGAAGUAUGCUUAAUAAAGCGUGAAAAGUGUGAGACACUUACAUGUUUAUUGCAAGAAUAUGAUCCUGAAAAAUGUUGUAAACAAUGCAAAGGUUGUUACUAUAGAGACUUCUAUCACAAGCAUGAUGACACAUGGGUUGAUGAAAAUAAUACUUGCCUGAUUUAUAAAUGCAAGGAAGGUGUUGUUUCCAUUAUCUCACCGGAAUGCAUAGUUAAUUGUUCAAGCCCUAUAUUGAUACUUGGAGAAUGUUGCCCAAGAUGCGCAGGAUGUUAUUACAACAAUAUUCUACUAAAUGAAGGACAAGCAAUUAAAAUAGGAAGUUGUAGCUCAUGUAUAUGCAAAAACAGUUUGUUGGAAUGUACUCACAUCAAGUGUCCUCAUCUUCAUUGUUCAAAUUAUAUUCAGACCCCAGAUGAGUGUUGUCCAAUCUGUGAUAAAGAUGCAGCAGCAAAUUUUAUACACUGGAAAGAUCAUUCUUGUUGGUUUAAAGGAAGUCAAUUGGUUAACAAAAAGAGUUAUAGACUUGACAAAUGCACCACCUGUUAUUGUAAUGAAGGGACAGUUUCAUGCAUUCCAGAAGUAUGUAAAGUUGAUGCCUCGUGUCCUAAAGAUCAGCUGAUUGUUUCGAAGGAUAGUUGUUGUCCGAGCUGCUUGUAUUUGCAUUUACAUUUAGACAAAAUUACAUGCCUUUAUAUGGGAAAGACGUAUAAGAAUAUGGAAAAGUGGUACAUGAGAGGAUGUGUAGAAUGUCAAUGCAUAAAUGGAAGCAAUUUUUGCAGGAAACAAGCUUGUCCAGAAUCUUUAAAUUGUUCAUUAAGCUUCAGAUCUGGAUAUAUACCUGGAUCGUGUUGUAUGCAGUGCAUCCCAGUUACGGAAGCUUGUAUUGGUUACGGUGAUCCUCACUAUCAAACGUUUGAUGGUAAAAAGUUUUCAUAUCAAGGAUUUUGCAGUAACAUUUUUGUAAAAGACUGUACUUCAGCAAAAUCUUUUGCUAUUAUAACCCAUAAUUACGACAGGCACACCAAAAGAUAUUCAUGGAUAAAAUCUGUUUCAUUUAUUUAUUUUGGAGUUACGAUUUCUUUACUUCAGAACUAUAAAGUUAAAAUAAAUGGGAAAUAUAUAGGAACUCCAUACGCAAAUUUGCCUUAUAUUGAUAUUCGAAAAUUUGAAAGAUACUUACACGUAUAUACAAAAGAUGGAAUAACUCUAAAAUGGGACGGUGACGAUUAUAUUCAAGUUGAAUUACCAUUUAUGUAUAAAAAUAAUGUUUGUGGUUUGUGUGGGAAUUUUAAUGGAGAUCCUUCAGAUGAUUUUUUAUUGCCAAAUGGUGUUUUAUUAGAUACUGUGGAAAGGUUUGGGGAUUAUUGGCAUACCUCUAAAGCAUGCACUAGAAAACCACGAGUCGUGGAGAGUGCUCAUCGGCUAACAAACUGUGUUGGAAACAAAUUAACCCAAGCUCAUAAAAUUUGCAAUGAAAUAUUUUUUGACGAAAGCAUAAAAAAAUGUAAGUUACAAAUAUCUUCAGCAAUUUAUUUUCAAGAUUGUAUUAGUGACGUUUGUUAUUGUCCUUUAAAAAAAAAACAAUGUGAAUGUGGUGCUGUUAGAAGCUACUACGAUAGCUGUUUAAAAUUGAUACAAAACUUCAAAUGGAUACAUAAAGACAAAUGCGAUUCUACUUGCAGUGGUGGAAGAGAGUAUUCAUUAUGCGCAUCGCCAUGUCAGAGCAGCUGCAAUAAUUUGUGCUAUCAAACAAAAUGUGCACCAGGCUGCCAGUGUCCAGCCGGUUUUGCAUGGUACAACGAGCAGUGUAUUAUGCGAGAUAAAUGCCCCUUACAAGCUUAACUAUAUACGACAUGUUUAAUUAAAAUAAUUUGAAAGUUUUAUAUAACUAAAUCAUAUUUUUUUCAAAACUUUAUCAAGCGAGUAAUUAGACGUAAUGUUAUUGGU